AUGUCGAGCGAGAGCAGCGCACGGGGUGCGGAGCGUGCCGCGAAGCAGGCGCAGUACUCGACCGCGUCGCGCCUCCUUGUCCUGGACUUGAACGGCACGCUGCUCGCGCGCCAGAAGAAUAAAAGCGGCCGUACGGUGCCCGGGGGCCGGAUCACGCUACGUCCCUAUCUAGAGUGCUUUUUGCGGUACUGCCUCGGACCCAUGUACGAUGUGCGCCUCAAAAAGAUCAACCAGGCGUGGCCGAUCGCAGAGCGUGUCGAGGUGCGGAAACGCGCCGCGCCGUUUGGCACCCAUUUCUGGCUCGGCGCUACGGAGGACGACACGGUGUAUGAGCCGCCCGUGACACCGAUCGCGGUGAUGAUUUGGUCGAGUGCGACCGACGUCAAUGUAAACAAGAUGGUCGAGCAGUUUGCGAAAAACAAGGUGCAGCGUGCGCUCUUUCAGCGCGUCUGGUCUCGCGAGACGCUCGUGCGAGCCAAGGACCUGGAUCGCAAGGUGACCACGGCCAAGGACCUGAGUAUCGUGUGGGACGACCUCAAUGCAUGGGGGGCACACGUCGGCUCGAGCAUGCAAGUACGCGAGCGCCCCCGCUUCCGCGCACGCGCCGAAGCGGCGGAUCGCCUGCGCAUGUUUCGGCGAAAGGCGCGGCAGCGCAACGGUGCGGAGGACUCCAAGGGUGAUGGGACGCCACGCGAGCCCUCGCCACGGUCCGGGUCGGACGAGCUGUACGCCGAGUCGAUGAACCGCAUGGCCAACGGCGGCACCGACUCGGUGUACGGCCCCAUGGUCACCUUCCCCUGGGGGCCUCAGAAUACGAUUCUACUGGACGACAGCCUGACCAAGGCACGCUGCCAGCCAAACAAUCACAUAUGUAUACACGAAUUCGGCGCAAAGGACGCAUCCGAGACGCGCGAGCGCCUCGAGAGCGAGGACCCUGCGGCGCGCGACGGCCUCGACGACUAUCUACUCCAGGUGGUUGGAUUCCUGGACGCGAUGCAGGACGAGGCCGACGUAUCAGCGUGGAUCGCGCGCGGACAUACCGCCUACCUCGCCGAGGACCCUGCCGCGGUCCAGGACAGCCACCGCCUCUGGGCGGACCGCGGCCGCGCGGCGCUGGCGCGCUGCGGCAUUCCCCUAGUCCCUUAG